UUUACCCAGUUGGGUUCGGCUCUGGCCUUUCAGCCGACCCGCCAAACAGACAUCAAGUGAUGAACCGACAGAACCGGAGCUGCUAAAGCUUAAAGCUUUUUCUCCUUCGCGGUCUCUCCUUAUUACGAAAACCCUAAUUCUAGCCCUAACCCUAACCCCCAAUUCCAAACCGUGAAUUUCUAAUAAAGACGUCGAAUAGAAGAAGAAGAAAGAGAUGGACUCCCAAUUCCAUCACAAUUACUUCGAGAGGCGCCCAAUCUUCCGAUCCAAGACUCCCGCUGUCAAAUGGUUCAAAGAAUGGGUUCCACAAGAUGUUGUAGCAACAGGUGGAAAGUGCUCUCUAAUGAAAUGGGUCACAGCGGAUACAUUAAAGGCUUUGAAUGAGAAAUCAAAGAAAACAGUGGCUCCAGAGCCAGAGCCAGAACCAACAACCGAAGUGCUUUUUCUUUGCAGCUAUGAUGGCUGUGGGAAGACCUUUAUUGAUGCUGGUGCCUUGAGGAAGCAUUCUCACGUCCAUGGGGAGAAACAAUAUGUUUGUCACUAUGAGGGUUGUGGAAAGAAAUUUUUGGAUAGUUCAAAGUUGAAAAGACACUUUCUUAUUCAUACUGGAGAAAGGGAUUAUGUAUGCCCUCAUGAAGGCUGUGGUAAGGCCUUCUCCCUGGAUUUCAACCUUAGAUCGCACAUGAAAACACAUUCGCAAGAGAACUAUCAUAUCUGUCCAUACCCAGACUGUGGAAAGAGAUAUGCACAUGAGUACAAGCUUAAAAACCACAUUGUAGCUCACCAUGAAAAGAUGCCCAUCGACGAGCCAGUUUCUGUGCCAAAAUAUGCCACCCCACCUGCAGAGAAGCAAAUCAGAACUCCGAAGCCUGCUUAUAGCAAUGCAUCAUUGGAUCGCCCUUAUGCUUGCCCAUAUGACGGGUGUAGUAAGGCGUACAUCCAUGAAUACAAGCUUAAGCUGCAUCUCAGGAGAGAGCAUCCUGGCCAUGUGUCUGAUGAGAAUGCAGAGAAUCCUGCUAAUAAUGCUCAUAACGAGAUGGAUGAAGCCAGUGAUCAAGAUGCCUAUGCUGGAAAACGUAUGAAUGGCAAGAGCCAGAAACAAAACAGGCCCAAACCUAACUUGAAGUACCCGCCUGCCAAAAUUGCUCAGCGUAAAGGCUCAACUCCAUCUCCUGCACCUAUGAACACAAUGAAGAAACCCUGGCCGAUCAAAGAAGAUGUUUACGACGAAGAAGACAGUGAAGAAACAGAGGAGGACCGUGACAAUGUCGAAGAUGGUUGGAGGUACGGUGAAAACAAUGACGACGAUGAUGAGGAAACGGAGGAUGAAGACUAGAUAGUAGAUAUUCGUGGAGGCUCAUUUUCAUUUAUUACUUUUUUUGUCAAUUUUCUUCUUAAAAAAAUGGAGUUGGAGGCACUUUGUAUGUAAAACCCACCUACUGCCAUUUUUAUUUAGGUUCUGUGUUAUGUUCCUUUGGAAGGGACACUGACUAAAGCCUUUGGAGAGUCCAAUCGGAUUGGAUCUGCUCUGAUUCAUGUUUGAUAUGUUAAGUUGUCGGGUUAUCUAUGAAUGAAUAAUUGAAUAAUCUGAUCCUUUAUUUAAGUAAUUUGCCAA